AUGAAGAAGGCGAGCAAACACAUUGUGAAAUUGAUUUUGAAAAAGCCAAAUAUUGAUACUAAUUUUGGAAUUAAGGAAGUUUCAGAGACGAACCUAUUUGAAAAGUUUCCACAUAUUUUGAGAGAUAGUUUGGAUAAGAUUGAGCACAUAACACCACUGAGAAUAGCUCUGGAUGAUAAUCAUAGUAUGGACAUUAUUGGAAUAUUGUUGGAAAACUCAAAAACUAAUCCAAACGAAUGUCAAUCGUUUGUUCAAGUUUGUAAAUCUGGUAAUCUUGAAAUGGUGCAGCUAUUUCUGAAUAAUCCAAACAUUGAUAUCAAUCAAGGUUGUCCACUUGCUUAUUGUUUAGAAAAUUCUGAAAUUCUUUCACGUUUCCUUACGAAUACAAAUCUUGAUUUGAAUAUUGAAGAUGGGUUAAUAUUGAAAAGCGCCAUCAAAUUGAGUAACCAAACCAAAUUUGAAGUAAUCACUAAAUUACUUUCUAGAAAAGACUUGGAUGUUAAUAGAGGUUUCGUAUUUUAUGAGCUUUGUUCGAAAGGAGAUUUAGAAAUUGUUAAAUUAUUUGUAAAUAUGAGAAAGGACUUGAAACCAGACCUGUUAGGUCCUCCUAUUAAACACACAGGAAGUGAAGGUUUCCUCGAUGUAGAAUCUCACAAACAAGCAAUCAACUUCCAAUUCAGACCCAUCGAAAUAUCAUACAUGAACAAUCAUGAAGAACUAGCUCAAUAUCUCAUUGAAAACACACGUGUCAAACCUCUUGACAUUUCCAAACUUUUAUUUGAAGAUGAAAACGAACCAGGAUCAUUUUAUAAAGUCAACCAAAAUGGAAAACGAGAAUUGAGUAGUGGAAUUUAUGCUUUGUGGACUGACGAUGAUGAAGAUAAAUCUUCAGUUUACAGUAGUGGAAAGUUGUCUGAUUUUUGA